GUGUUUAACACAUGCAGUUCGAUUCAAUAGCAAAACACAUCACAUCCAAAGGAAAAACACAUCAAAGCUAAGUGAAAAAUGAUCUAAUCUCGCAUCUUAGUGAAUUUGCACAUAGAAUCUUGAAACAAAUCGCUUUGGUUAUAUAUUGAACCGAAAAGUAUAUUAAAUUGAAGUGGUGUUUACAUAUGAAUCGAUCGUGCAAAUUUUUAUCAGUGUACCAGACAUGAAUAUUGUUGUUGUUUUGGUUGUUUAAGUUUUGAAAAAUGGAUGUUUUUACAAGUUUAAUUGAAAAUAAAACAUCUGCACAAAAGACGUUGAAAGUUCGUAAAAUAUACAUCAACGAAGAUCCAAAUGUGGAGAAAAGUGAAACAUGUCCGAAGUGCUUAUCUCAGAAUCGACAGAGUAGCGUCCGCUAUAUGUUUAUCAAUAUGAAAGAGGCGAUUUUCAAAUGUGAAGCGGUCAACUGUAUGUUCCCGUUUCGAAAUUUCAAGUAUAAGAAUUACAUUGAACAAUCGGUUUAUUACUACCAAUCGGAUGCGGACGAAAAAUUGCCGGAUCUUACUAGUUUCGAUUCACCAGUGAAUUCUACGAGUGACAAAUCCGCGCAACUAUGUAAAGCUUUUGACAUGCAUUUUAUAUCACCAGAUCGAAACCAUUCCUCUACCAGCUCACCUGCGAAAAAUUUGGAUUCAAGCGAUUUAAACAUCUUCGACAGUCCGUCGUUAAGCUACAGUAAACUUGCUGAAGGAUUCGAUACUGGAUUUAUAGAUGACAUACUAAGCGAUCUGGGUGAAUCGUCCGCAUCAGAAAAGACUCCCAUAUUAGUCAAUCCAUUACGACCAUCUGCAGAAGAACAAGUAACAUCCAAAUCAAAUCGCCAACUUAAGCGGUGUUUACAGAUGUUCCAGGAAAACAGAAUUAGUGAUUGUAAGACUGAUGGAAUUUUUAAAAUACCCGCACUCCCAAAUCCAGAUGGGCCUGUUUCACCGUUGAAGUUAAAAUUCAAGAAAUCAUCACCUCAUAAACGAAACAGUUUUGUUCGUCGUUCCAAUCUUUCCAAAUUAACGAGUGAAAAAAUUCUUAAGAAAAACCACAUGAAGCCUCUGCAAUUCCUAGAGUCACUAAAUAACAUACGGCAACCGGAGGAUACCCGAAAGAUAUCUAAAGAAUCUUCACUCAUGCCAGGCAUUCAAAGUUUGGGUAAUCAGAAAGUAGCUCGUAUGCUCGAUUUUAUAGAAAGAAGCAUGAAAAACCGAACACCAACGUCAGAAACAAUCACCACCCAACACAAUUAUAUAACACCAAAAUUAGCAGUUACUGUUCAGAAUCCACCUGUCCGAAAGCGCAAAGACUCAAAAAAACUUUCGCUUUCUGAAACGGUUCUUCAGGAUACACGAUUUGUGUAUGGUUCCAACGACGAAUCAUUCAAAUCAUCCACAUCUAACGAAGCAUCAAAAGAUGAAAAGCCUCAACAAAACGCACAGUUGGAAAGCGAAGAGCCGUCGUUACCCUCAUUCGAAGAGCUUGUUCAUUUUGUUCAUCCAGAUAAGCUACCAUUUGCAAAAAUCGAUAGCUAUGCUUCGGCAGUAACUGGGGUUCGAUCGGUGUGUUGUUCUCCGACGCGCAUUGAACAGUGGGAGACGACGCCACCCCGACGGAUACACAGUAUGGAGUCGCUCAGUAACUUACUGGAAUAAAAUGCGCAAAUUAUGCGUGCAAAAUAUUAAA